AACAAAAUAACGUUGAAUUAGCCUUCAAUUUGGAAAUAGUUUUGUGUAAACAUGUUAUGUAAAUUAUUCGUGUUAAGUGCAGUUUUAUGUUAACACCAGACUGGAUCCUUUGGUGGAUUCCGAAUUCGGACAUCUAAACACCGUUCCGCAAUAUGAGCACGGGAAUGGAAUAUCUGGACUUGGUCAGCUUCUUUGCACAUGCAAAGCCUCCGAAACCCCAGGAAAUGAGGCCUUGCAACCAGCACGAGAUCCUGCUGCAGCUCAUCUGCAAUCGCCGGCAAUCGCUGAGCAAGGCCCAAAUGGCUGAUCUCCUGUGGAACAUGACCAGUGGUCCGAAAAAGAAGCUCAAGAGAAGGCAGUGCGGCGGCAUGGACAACCGGAAUCCAUCAGAACCGACCGAUAUUGAGGUGGUGUUCGGGUGCAGGGAGAAAACACCACCUUCCACCAUUUCGCACAGAGGCUGGGAAAGAUCACGCAUCGAGUGGCUGCGCAAGCUGGAGGUUCAGCGGAGGCAGUGCUACCAGGCGUGGCAGGAAACACCCGGACCCGAUGCCAGCAUCAACGCAGGUAUGAAGUCCAGCAAGAAGGAGAAGGAAUGCGGAAAAUCCCCAAUAAAGAACACGCCAUGCGAGAAACACAACAAAAACCAGAACCAAGCCGGCGGUAGAGAGAAGGACAAGCACAAGAAGAAGACCAGGACCAAGAGGAAGCUACCCGGCUGCUGGGCCUUCCUGCCCUUCGGAUGCGGCUUGAACCUCGCCAACGAUUCCAGCUGCCAGGACGUGCCCCACCGCAGAGAGAGUUCGUGAUUUGCCUUUUUCGACCAGCCAGCACUUUGAUUUCGAUUUCCAGAUUCGCUGGCACCGCAAUUAAAUUCGCCUACAGACGUCGUCUAGUGCCAGAUGCCAAAGUUGCAUUCUGCGGCCUAAGGACGAGUCUGAUUCCCAGUCACGGCCUAAUUUGAUGAAAUCGUCAAGUGCCAAGUAGAAGGCAAAGUUUUUGAAAUCGGCGCGGAACUCGAAGUUGGUCUGCGGUUCAACAGGGCAAUGUGUACUUCAACCAGGAAGAUAGAACAUCAUAAAGGCUAGCAACAUACAUACUUCAAAAUACAAGUACUUUGGGUUUCGUGCUUGAUGCAGGAUCUUUAAUUAAAUAGAAUUGCUAAGCCGAAGGCUCCUAUUUUGGUACAUUUUUAUUAGCAGAACAUUUCGCUGACUACUUAAUUUGGUCUUUUAAGUUCGUUUAUAAAAUGAUUUGAGUGAAUUAAAUUUCAGCAUCCAACU